GGGUUCAUCGUGUUUCAUUCUCUGCCGUCGAUGGUGUUUUCUCCGCCACAUCGACGGUGGAGAAUGGUGGGUCAUCCGUGAAAGCAGAAAAUGCUGACGCCGUGACAAAAUAAUUCUUAGACCCAAUUGCAUUCACUGCCACACGGCUCUUGUUAUAGUGAUGGGCCACGUCUCCAUUUCUUGCACCCAUUAAUACCCAGACAAUUUCUCACUAUUUACAACUAACUUAGCAUCACAAAACCGCAAACGGAUGGUCUUUUUCGUCAUUUCAUCACUGAUAUGCUAAAAUAUCUACUCUUCCCAGUUUGCAAUGAAAUUCCAACUCUGUUUUCCUCUUUCACUCAUUUGAGUACUCAUCGGAGAUGGCGGUUGUAGUCGGAAACAUAGCACUAUUGCUUGACGGAACUCACUUGACCACUCCACGUGCCGUAGUCUUACCAGAUCGGAAAACGAGGGAUGUUCUGUUGAACUUUUUUGUGAAGAAAGACCCAUGUCAGAAUCAGAGCAUGUGUGCUUCUAUUGGGUUUGAGAAUGAAAGAGAAAGAUUAAAUCCGAAAGUGGGUUUUCGGGGUAAAGCGAAUUCGAAAGUCGGUGCGGUUGAUUAUGAGAAUUCAAGUGAUGAUGAGAAUGGAAAUGGUGUUGAAGAUGAAGGAGAAGGUGGUGGAGGAGGAGAAGAGUUCGAUUGGGAGAAAGAAAUGAAGAGGAGAGUUAAGGAGCUAGAGGAAAUGAAGGAAUUGGAGAAAAAAGCUGAGGAAUUGCAGAAUCGUGUUGAUGAGGAGUAUGGUGAAGAAGGUGAAAUCAGUGAAGAAACUGAGGAGGAGAAACGUGAAAGAGUUCGAAGGGAGCUCGAAAAGGUGGCAAAGGAGCAAUCAGAACGCAGAAAAACUGCUCAAUUAAUGUUCGAUUUGGGCCAGAAGGCUUAUGGGAAGGGCAUGUAUGGACGUGCAAUAGAGUUCCUUGAAGGUGCUCUUACUAUCAUUCCUAGACCAACCUUGUUUGGUGGAGAGAUACAAAUAUGGCUUGCUAUGGCUUAUGAAGCUAAUAACCGCCAUUCAGACUGCAUUGAUUUGUAUAAGCAACUAGAAAGGAAACAUCCCAGUGUCAGCAUCCGACGUCAAGCUGCAGAGCUUCGUUAUAUAUUGCAAGCACCUAAGUUGAAGAUAUCUCAAGAAGAAAUGGUUACUAUACCACUUAUUGGUUCUAGCUAUGAUAGUUAUGCUGGAUCAUGGACUGACAAAGAGAAGGACAAAGAUGAAAGACAAAGCCGGUCUACAACAAAUCAGCUUCCAUCGAGCAGGGACUGGGUGGGAGACUUUCUGGUCUGGAAGCCCCCAGUUGGUUUGGAGAAAAGCCAAUCAUUCUGGGCAAUUUUAACAAUAUGGAUAGCCUUGGUUGGAGCUGCACUCUUUUUGCAAAAAUGAAGCAUAUAUUUAUACUUGUAAAGAUGAUUGUUGUUUAGCUUUCUAUUCUUUAUUGGUAAGUAUAUAUAGGCUAAUGUGUAUUACCAUUCUAAAUCCCUGUUGUAUAUUUCUACCCUUGUUUAAUAUAAUUAGCAAAUAUCAAUUCUGCUAUGCUCUGCAUUUUGCAUUUGUUACACUCAUUUCUUGGACAACAUCUGAGAGUAAAAG